AAUUGAAUCCACUCUCUCCCUCUUUCUCUCUCUAACUGUAUCUUAUCAGCGAGUCUUAUCGAGAACUCUCCAUUUUAUUUUAUUUUCUUUAGAUUUACGAAGUAGUCUUUGCUAGUAACCAAACACUAGCUAGUCGACCAUCCAAUUUGCCAAUUACCCUUCCAAAACCAGGCUAUAGGACUGUAUAUACUAGCCAAUAAUUAAUUUCACCAAACAACAUGCCCCCGGAGAAGAGGAAUACAUUUCUAGACGCAGAUGAGAGCGACGACGACGAUAGCCAGGGCUACAACUCCGAGGCGGAAGAAUUACAGAAAGGUGGUCGAAUCGCAAAGCGUCGCAAAUUAAGUGAAGAUGCUGCUAGUGAUGAUGACAUCGAAGAAGUCAGCGCCGGAGAGGAAUCCGAGCAUGAAGAUACCAUAAAACGAGACCAUUCGCAACGAGAAACCUCAGAUGCGAAAGCAGACGGAGACAAGUUAAAAAACAAGCUAGACGCCCUGCCAGAAUUACCAGAUGUUUCGCGUCCCUUGACCAAAAAGAACCUGGUAGCUACGGAGACAGCCGUAAAGAAAUCCGGUCUCGUCUACCUCUCUCGCGUACCGCCCUUCAUGAAACCCGCCAAGCUACGAUCGCUCCUAGAGCCAUACGGCAAGAUCAACAGGAUAUUCCUCACGCCCGAGGAUCCCCAAGAGCGCUCUCGACGGGUCCGACAGGGCGGGAAUAAGAAGCACAUGUACACGGACGGCUGGGUAGAAUUCGUGCGCAAGGAAGACGCCAAGAAAGCCGUCGACCUCCUGAAUGCUCGGACGAUAGGCGGGAAGAAGAAUACCUACUACCGAGAUGAUAUCUGGAGCCUGCUCUACCUCAAGGGCUUCAAAUGGCACAACCUGACCGAGCAGAUCAACUCGGAAAUGGCGGAGCGGACGAGCAGGAUGAGGGCGGAAAUCAGCAAGUCGACCAAGGAGAACAAGGAGUUCGUGCGGAACAUCGAGAGAGCUAAGAUGUUGGAAGGCAUGCAGACCAAAGCGGCAGCAAAGAGGAGCAGGGAAGAGAAGGGCGACAGUGCUGGCUCUGCUGCAGCAAGUAAAUCGGAGGAUAAGAGUAUUCGGAAGUUCAAGCAAGCUACCGUGGCGAAGAAGGCAGUAGACCUAGCCCCCGAGGAGGCUAAACGAGUCCUGAGCAAGCUUUUUUGAUUCUAAAAAUCAUGAUACCCGGCAUUUUGCAUGUCCCCGAGCUUGAAGUAAUAGGGUGCGUGUGUUGAUAUGUAAUUUCAAUUUUACCGUACUGAAUCUCUAUGAGGACUCCCAACAUUCUGAAUAUAUCAAGUAUAGCAAGCUUAGCUUAGUUUUAUAUACCAACAUAUUAAAAAAGAGUAAAUACGUCAACGCAGCCCACCUCAAGCGUGAGACUACCUCCUACAUUGAAUAAUAUGCCCGUCAAUCUACGAUACCACCCUUAUAAUUCAGAUCAAGCAUGUGUACAUGUAUAGUUCGUGAAAUUUUUAUAUAUCAUUUAGCCUAAGCGUAGGUAUACCUACUAGAUAUACUGGGCUAUCUGCCCUUUGCCUUGGG